AUGGAGGAUUUUGUUGCUAGCAAUCAGUCAUCUACUCUCGAGCAGGAUUUGAUGAGCGACGAAAAUGAUAUCAAGCAUGGUUGGCAUUCACACAACCUUGCACGAGCUGAAAACUGCUCAGAAAAUUAUCAAGAAAAGGGCCAUCAGCGUCGUGCCUCUUCUUCGGACAAAACACAAGAAGGAAGAAAGCUGUACGGCACAACACAACACACAUUUGCAGUUCGUGUCCAGUCACGGCAGUCCUUCUUCCAAUCCGACAAGCCCGUCGAGAUCACCCUCGAGCGCCUUGCCGAGCACUUCCACGAGAGCCUCGAGGUCGCGGCGGCCAAGAUCGGCAUCGGCAAGUCGACGAUGAAGCUGGUGUGCAGGCAGCUGGGAGUGGAGAAGUGGCCGUAUAAAUGCAAAGGAGCUCGAAAGACCAAGGCAGGUCCCAAAAAACUUGUCGGGAUGGACUGCAUGUUCUGA